CUCUACGUCAGAGAGAAAACAUCUUCACGAUGGCGGACGUUUUGGACAUUCACGAAGCAGAAGGAGAUGAAGAAUUUCAGGUUGACGAGGAAUCUGAUCAAAGUAUUCAGAAGCUGAGGCAAAGCGUAAAAAAGAGGAAAGGGAGAGGAUUUGGCGCUGAAGGAGGAAUCCGUACUGCUGAUGAUGAAUUCCAGGGUCUUGAGAUUGAUACAAGUGAAACAGGGCCUCAAAGAUCUGUAGAGGGUUGGAUAUUAUUUGUGACCGGAGUGCAUGAAGAGGCUACAGAGGAGGAUGUAAGGGAUAAAUUUGCUGAUUAUGGAGAGAUAAAAAACACACAUGUCAACCUUGACAGGAGAACAGGUUACCUCAAGGGCUACGUGUUGGUGGAAUUUGAAACAUUCAAAGAAGCACAGAAAGCUAUGGAUGCCUUAAACGGUGAAGAGAUCUUAGGUCAAACAAUCAACGUUGACUGGGCUUUCGUCAGGGGACCACAUGAAGGAGGAUCAAAGAAAAGGAGUGGAAGAAGGCGUUAACACACGUAUUGAAGGAGUAUACGAUCUUUGUAAAAAAUUUCUUGUUGUAUAUGCCUCAACCUUGUGACCCAGUGGAGAAGAAAAGCUGAUCAUCUGGGUUUUUGUAAAAAUUUUGUGCAAACUUGAACCUACUGCAUAAAAACUGCCAUUGAUAGUAACUUUCCCAUCAGUGGUCACUCUAUCAUGGAGAUAACACUAGUCAAGUCAGUAUGGACAUCAAGAGUCUUUCUCAAGCUGUGGUAAAGAGUCUGUAAUGGGAGGUAUACUUGAGUAUCAUCCAAUACUCCAAUCUCACCAAAGUGUUGUGGUUUUGUUUUUGUUUGCUUUUAAUGAUUUUUCUUACAAAAUCAGUGAUUUGAUAUAAGAAAGUUAAAUACAAAUGAUUAUAUUGAAAGUAAAAUACAAAUGAUUAUAUCUGAAAUUUCAGCCCAGUUCAUGCUUGGGAAGUGAUAUUUAUAAAAAGGGAAAAAAUGUUCAGAUAUUUCUUCAAAGUUGCAAAUUACAAGCUAUGAGUCAUUUUUUAUAUCAUACCUUUCACUCCAUAAUAGUUUUAGGACAUGCACAUUCAUAUUAUGUUGUAAUUGACUGGAACAAUGAUAUACACUCUUACCAAAAGUUGAGAGAGACUUUAACAUUGAUGGCAAAGCUACUUACAAUCUUUUGUUUCAAGCAAUGCUCUUUUCCUGAACAGAACAAUUCUCUGUAAAUGCAGAGGUAUUUCACAGAGAAGUGCAUUGGAAUUGCUGCAUGCAGUACAAAUGCAUUACUGACUGCAUCGGACACAUUGUGUCCAUGAUAAGUGUGUUGGCAAUCCAUCACAGAAAUCAAUAUUGCAUGCAUAUGUUGUAUUACACAUUACUCAAUGUAUUCUCUUGACUCUCUGUGGAAAUCCUUUAUCUUCUUCCAAGGCCAAGGUAUUUGUACAAAACAUGUUAUUGUAAUCCUGAGACUUUUAAUCAAUUCAGAAAGUGCAGUCACAUUUGAUGGAUGCAUGGUCCAUUCAUCACAUUGAAAAUCAGUUUUAAAACAAAAUAUGAGAGAUGCUACCAAGUAAACAUUGAGUGCUGAGCAAGAAAGUAUAAUUCUUCCUUUGCUGUCCGGUGCAUAAGGUCUUUGAAACCACUUGGCCACAAAAAAAACAGUUUUAGAGACACAAGCCCUCUGGUAGCUUUAUGAGUUUAAUUUUGCAUACUCUAUUUUAUAUUAAACACAUCUUGAAAAAGCAACAGGUAUCUCAUGAGAUGUCUUUGCUGUUACCCAAUCAUGAAUUUGAAUCCACAGCCUUUUCCCUGUAAGAAUGAUGCUAUAACUACUCCAUCCCAGCUUGGCUCAAUUUCAGACCAUAGUCUGCUUUUUGGUGUAUGAAGUAGAUCAUUUUACUACAAAGUAAAUUAUUGAAGGUUGCUAUGAUACGUUCUAAAAUGUAUCAUCAGCAAUCUGAUGAUACAGUUUUGUAAUGGCUCCUUUGAUUGUUCGGACACACAAAUCAUAUUGGAAGCUUUCAUCAUAUUUUGUAUGAUCAGUGGUAUUAUUGAACAUUACAAUUCCAAGUAAGAUGUUAUAUGAUUUGAAAUGUUUCCUGUAAAUACUUUGAUACAUGUAUCCCAAUAUAGUUGGCUACAUUUUGUUAUUCGAUUGUUCUACUUUUCUUUCUUUUUUUAAAUUAUUUUUUUGUGUAUGAAUUUUUCUAAACUGGAUGUGUUUCCAUCGUGAGACAUUUUAUUGGCAUUUACAGUGAACUCCUAUCCCUUCCACAGCUUUGAAAACAUGAAUUUUCUUGAUUCUUUAUAUUGGAUUAAUUCAGGUUUCAGUUUAUUUACAAGCAUAUUUGGAAGUAUCAGUAAUCAAAGGCACUAUGUUAUUGGUAUGCUCAUGUAUUUCUGUCCAUAUGAAAAAAAAUAUAAGGCAUAUUUAUCAUGUCGCUUCUGGCAUUUUUCACUUGUGUGUACAUUUAUCUUGUGUAUGACAAAGGCCAUGAGUUAAGGAGAGAUCUUGGCCCCAUAUCACAAAGAGAUGCGAUUGAUCAAAUUUUCACAACUAUGGAAAACCAGGAAAGUCAACAUCUAAAAUGCAUCUUCAAAAUAUUUUUUUAGAUAUGCUGUAUAUUUAUACAGCCAUUAUCUGAUGGAAAUUUAGUGUAUGCCUCUCUUUGUUUGCAAACGACAUUGUACAAAUUUCCUGUAGAAAAAUUUAUGACAUUGAUAGAUUUCCAUAAAAUUGAGGUCGAUAGGAUCAAUCAUAACAGAUUGUAAAAUAGGACCCUAGUGUAUACUUGUAUGGGGUUUUUCAAAUGUUAUUAUGCAUAUCAUGAGAUGGAGGGUGGUAAUAUUAGGGCAAUUCCAUAAGAUACAUGUAUGUACAUAUCUGAUUCUCAAUGUGUCAGAAACUCCUGAAAUGAUUUGACCAUCUUUGCUGCUUCGUGUUGUCAAAGGAUUAAUGGCUUGAUUUGAACCAUUCUUAAAGUAAAAACUUUGAAUGGAUUAAAAUGGUGGCCGGAUGGUCAAAUAUGUUGAUUAGUUUAUGAAAUUGCCCAUUAGUUCAGUUAUUUUUAUCUUUUUCAUGUUGUUGCCCUUUAAUGUGUCCAAGAAUAUCCAUCCUUUUUCUUCGUUAAUACGUUGAUAGUAUUAAGACUUUUUAAACUUGUGUGCAAGCGGUCAUUGUGGGUAGAAUUUUUACACUAUUUCUGACAUUACUUUGGACUUGUCCAUGUAUUUUGCAGUCUUUGAUAAUUUGAUCAAAUAUGAGAGCUCCGAAUAUCAUUUUCCCCAGCAUUGUUGAUGUCUUUAUCAAUUAUAUAAAAAAAAUCAUUAAAAUUCAAAAUUUCCAACCAUUGUUGUAAUUAGUGUGAUGUCAGCAAAUCUUUAGAAAUCACUGAUCUCAGUAUGAUUGAUGUCCUUGGGAUUAUAAUAGGAGUCACAAUUGUAAAAUAUUUUGAUGCCUAGAAUGUGAAAUGAAAGCGCAGUACAUGUUCACUUAUCCUUUCCAGUGGUUACAAAUAAUUUGUUCAAACUUUUUUAUGUAACAUUCAGAUAGAAAUAAAAAGAAAUGAACAAUCUUUU